CAGUCAAUUUCAUUUUGUCUCGGACUGGGGGCGCCGGCAGGGCCAUGGGGGUCUGGAACCAAUCCCAGAGACCACGGGCACAAGCCUUGAGCCAGGACCUGAGUCUGGAGGAUGCCCUUGACGUUACCACGAAAGCACCUCCCAAACCCAAGCCACCAGCAGGAGGUGGAAAAGAUUUGGAUUUAUUAACAGUUAAACCGCCAGAAAAGCUCACCACAACAACUAAAGCCCCAGCCAAACCAAAACAGAACCCAGAUCUCAGCCAGAGCGACUACUUUGCACCUACAAUCCGGCCAGGCCUGCUGCCCCGUACAACCACCAAGGCUCCCAGAUCCACACCCCCUCCUCCGAAGCACCAAUCGGGUGAUCUGAACCUGGAAGAUGCUAUGGAUCCCAGUAACGACAUCAAGGUGGACGGCAAAAAAAAGAAGGGAGUAGAUGGUCAGUUAUCAGACAGGGACCUUGAAGACCUUUCUGACUAUACUCCUGACAAGGGCAAAGGAGGAAGAGGAGACUCAGAUAACAACUAUGAUACUCUGGCAGAGACCGGCACCAUUGCAGGCAUUGCCAGCGCAGUCGGUAUGGCGUUGAUCGGCGCGGUGACCAGCUACAUCAGCUAUCAGAAGAAGAAACUCUGUUUCGGUAUACAACAGAGCCUGAAUGCAGAAAUGAUGAAAGAAGAGAACCCUGAAGCCGUAGUGUCCCAGGAGCCCCAAGUCCAGGCGACGUUACUGCAACACCCGAAUGCAGAGACUCCACAGGAUUAAAAAAGAUUGUACCCAGUCCAGCGCCCUCAUUUUACAUCUAAAUUAAGCGACAUACACAUCCCCUCCACCCUCACCCAAUACUGUACAGAUCCUUCCAUCUGCCUGCACAAACCAGACUGUACAUAAUCCUCUAUGUCUUUGUUUAAUAACCACAGUACACCUGUUUAUACAUUUAUAAAGAGAAUACUGCACAUUUUGUUUGACAACUGAUGCUUUGCUUGAAGUGCUCCUGCUUUUUUAAGACGCUUCUGUUUCGCACUGUAAAGAGUCUGUCCAAUUAGACAAUCGCAAGACUUAUAAUCGCCUUUGCAGGAGUCAUAAUGGUGGUACAACCAAGCCAUGCGACUGUUUCGUAUUUGUUACAGUGGGCUUGCAGAUAAACUCCCCAUCAUUUUGUCGCACGUCAUUAAUGCUCUCAUCUUCAUCUCCGAUUCAGUCUGGGGCAAGCUUGCAGAUUUGUGUGAGCUGUUCAUUGCUUAGGGAUUUGGGAGGACCCAACAGUCACUUCCUCACGGUUUCAAAGUACAAAGUAACAAAAAUGUUUGAAAAUGUGAGUGGUAGUUUUGGUACUCUUCACUGUGACUUAUUUAUUGUUACUUCUUUAUUUCACAGUAUGUUAUUGUUUUUUAUUCCAUAUUAGACUUGCAAGUAUGUGUCACUGCUCAUGUAGAGAUAUACACCGUGAUGUUUGUUGACUGAUCAUUUGUUGUUUUGCAUAUUAAAUAUGAAGGUGGGGUAGUAAACCGUAAUCAGUCGUGGUAACUGUUAGACAAUUACUUUUUUUACUUUGCAAUGAGACAAAGUUGAAGUGAUAUCAUUAUUCUUUACUGAGUGUCAUGUGUAAUUGUUUAGCUUUCAUUGAUACAGUAUUAGGUAUUUAGCCUACAAAAAAAUUAAGUGAACCAGUUGUUAGUUUAGUUGUUUGAGAUGAUUACUUCUAUGUGGGAAUGUAGGUAAGGUGAAACUUCUUUCUACUGAUGGACGUGGUUGUUUAGUCUCCUGUUCUGUUCACUGAUUACGAUAGCGCGGCUGCAGCUUGUGUAAGGGUAUACAGCUAGAUUUGACCACUUUUGUUAUCUCCUGUACCCCAUCCCCCAAAUGACAUGUGACUGUUUUUGUCUAUUUCUGCAUUACUAGCUGUUAAUUACCUUACUGGAUGCAGUGCUGGAUGUAGCUAAACACUGAUACCAAAGAAGUGGGCCAGAGCGCUGUGUCAGUGUGAGAUAUUGCUUGUGCUGAACGUUCCAUGCUGGGAAACGGUUGCCAAGGAGGGAUAGUGUGUCUGUGAGUGAGUAGAAAAGGAAUUUUAACUUGAACUUGAAGUUUGUGCAUGCCUUUAGUAGUUGAGCGUAUGGAAGCAGUGCCGUGUUUUUUCACAUUUCACUCAGAGUUGGUAAACAAAAAAGUCAUCCCUUCCAGUUCCUUUCACUGCCAUCCAUUCACAUUUGUCUGUGAUGCAUGCUCUUUGCUGGUCACCCAGUCAGUUCAUUUCCACAGCAAUAAUCAGGAGCAGUAAACAAAUAUGGGAAGUGAGGUUGAGACAGCUCAACAUCUGCCUUAAUGCUGUGUACGUAGAGCCUGUUCUGCUGCCACCAGACCCUGCCUUCCGCAGAAAAAGGGUGCUCGAGUCUCCGAACCGUUUUACCCCUCACCCUAAGAACCAUCUUAGCAGCAACGACCUGAGUUAAACAGCGGCCUUCUGAAGCUUAAAUUCAGCAGCUUUCUAUCAAAAGGGGUGGGUAAUGUGUGAACUUUGCACUUUAUCAACUGACUGCUAUUCCUGAUUGCUCAAUGUCUGUACUAACCUGACAAAUAUCUUUCACUGACUUGGAGACAAUUUAAGUGAAUAAAAUAAAAUCGCCAAAUUGUGAA